AUGCCAUCAUCUUCGAACACUCCCGGAACGAGCACGCCGGCGGUGGACCUGCUGCCGCAGAGGCCCGCCCCCGUCAUGCAGUGCCCGGCGCCGGCGGCGCGCAUGAGCGCGGACCUGCCGCGGACUACUGGGAGCGGCCGGCCAGACCAAGACCAAGACCAGCAGCUGGGCGAGGAACAGACGAAACUUCGGGGAGGCGGUUUGGGGCUUAUCGGUUGCGACGGUUGGUUGAUUGGGGCGCCAUUCGGGAUACCUCUCUGGGUGGAGGAGCGCCUUGCGGCUGGCGGCUGGUGGCCAGACUGCGAUGUCGGGUUCAACUACGCUGGGAUGGGUAUGGGUAUGGGUACGGUUACGGUUACGGUCACGGUCACGGUCACGGUCACGGUCACGGCUAUGGGACUUCGGUGGCGUUAUUAG